UAAAACUGGUUAUAGUCUCUCUAAAAAUAGUUGUAACCUUUCAUCUUUGUGGUUGAUGAGAAACAUACAUCUGUCACCCUUCUAUAACCAUUGUUUUGGUGUGAGUGCAGUACAAAAUUGUAAUAUUUCAACAAAUUUGCAAAAAUGUUAUUGACUUCCCCGUGGAUCGGACUCAUGACCUUUUUUCGGUUAGUGCCGCAACUUCACCCUUACGAUGUGGUGAAAGUCAAAGCACCUUUCUUUCUUCAAUACUGGAUUAAAUAAUAACCUUUUUUCCAUGGAAUACUUCUAAGGACAAGUCAUUAGUAAAUUCACAUAUCAAAUGCCAUUCAAAGAUUACUGUCAGUGAUAAUAAUCUUGUGCUAAAAGAUAUAUUAAUGUCAGAAUCUACAUUAAUUAAAAACAUGCCUAUAAACAAGUUAAUAAAAAAAGUCUAUCGACAUGCUUAAAAACAAUUGUAUUAUCUGUGCAAGGUUUUAUUUUUAUUUUUUAGUAUCCAUUAUUUAUGGAACAUUAUAUGUUUUGUUCCAGACUUGUAGGUUUGUACAUUGGCAUGGUUUUGUUGGUGUACAGACUUUCCCGACCCAUUUUCAGCAAACUGUCCUACAUAAUCAUGUUCACUGAUAUGCCCUAUGUUGACCGAGUUUUGCAGCUCUGCCUUGACAUCUAUCUUGUCCGAGAGAGCCACGACUUUGUACUGGAGGAGGAUCUGUUCAGCAAGCUGCUGUUCCUGUUCCGUUCACCGGAGACGAUCAUCAAGUGGACUCGUCCGCCAGCCUUGGUCCUGUCGAGAGAGACACAGUUGUGAUCGCUGAAAAACCUCACAGUGUUGUGCCUCACUGAGCUGCACAAUUCUGUUCUGGUCAUAUCCUGCGUAUACGCGGUCCUGGCAACCAUACACGGUUAGCUGCUAGGCCAGUUGCAAGCAUAUAGUUGGUGCUUUUGUACAGGGAGAAUCGUUACGAUAUUGACCGCACUUUAACGUAAAGGUUUUGCCAAGGUGGUAUUUAAUAUUGUAUAUAAACAUAGUAAUGGAAUGUAAAUAGAAUGUACUUCAUACAUAUAAAAUAGUAUGUAUAGUCUUAUGAACUUUAAAUUUGUAUCUCAUAAUUACCAAUAAAAUUAAAUAUGAAUUGAUUUUUUAUUGACGAACUAUUUUCUCGGAAUUCAUAGUCUGAAACUAAGUUUUAUUUUACUGGAAUUGUAGAUAUGCUGUAUUUAGAGCUAUAUAUCGAUAUAAAGAAUUUAAUCCACAUGUAAAAUUAGUACCGUACGAUAUUCAUUGUAACAAAAAUUGUGAAUUAACAUCACAUUUUUUUAAAAUUGAUAUGUGUAUAAUUUCAAUCAGUUACAUGAAUAUUUCAAAAUAAUAUAUGCUAAAAUGAACAAAUUGGCGCUUAUAGUUAGUUUAUUUAAUUAAUGUAUUGAGGGAUUAUAUGUUAAUAUUUUAUUGCUGUAUAAACUUCCAAAAAUAUUAUUUACUGUACAUAUAUUCAAACACUCAAUAAUUUGAUAUUGUGUUAAAUGUAAUUAGUAUACAUGUAGUGCAUGUAUAAUUUUAGUAGGCUUCAAUUAGUAACACAAUUGAAAAAUGAAUAUGAACUCUUAAAAUUAAAUAUGGUACUGACUGUCAUAGUUGCUUUAGACAUUAUAGUAUAUAUAAAUGUAUUUUAUACACAAUUGGAUUUUUAUUUUUGUAUGAAAAGAACAGUAUUAUAAUACAUAUAAUUUUAGUUUUAUGUAAUAUAUUGCUAAAAAUUACUUAGUGCCUAAUAAAACAUGUAAACACGCUUUUUAAAAACUAAUCAGCAUUAUUUAGGGAUAUAGGAUAAGGAAGCUCAACUCAAUGUUUCUUCCUAUAUUAAGGAUAAUGAUAUAAAAUAUUGUAGAUCUAAACAUAACUAGUAUAAAUGUAAGAUGCUUCAGGAUUUUACAAAAGUUAAAUGAAUUUAUCAUACUAAAUGAAAAACUGUGGAAUAAUGAAAACCUUACUUAGUGUAAAUUUGUAUCUCUUUUAUUCUCUCUGCACAAAGAACUUUUACUUUGUAUAUUUAAACUAUAUAAAAUUUGUUGUAUAUUUUAUGAAUGUUCUACUUGAAAUUUAUCUUUCACACUUUUUAUUUUUUUAUGUACAGUGACAAAAAUUUGAGUCUGAAGCUAAGACAAUUUUUCUUUACUAGAUAUAAAUGUUCCCUGAAGUGUAUUGAACAUGAAAUUUUACCGGGUGUAUUAAAAGUUCCCCUAUUAACUUUAUUAUGAAUAGAGAUGGAGUGAUUUACUUUGGGAGAUGUUUGUAUGACCACUGACGAGUUUUUUUUAUGUAUAAACAUUUUUUGACUCCCCCAAAUGGGGUAUUUUGGGGGUAAGUUAAAAUUUUUGAAUGGGAACUCCUAGCAAGUAUUUGAGAUGCUUUCAGACCACUUUGACAAAGUAACCAGACUGAAUGUGUCUCACAUACUAACUGGUAACCAAUAAGAGAUGACAUGACAAAACCAGCUAUUGCUAUUCCCAGUACUUCCAAAUGGACUUCAGUGAUACAAAACAAAACCUAUUAAAUGCUAUGUUAAUCAUGGUUGUUGAUUCUUGUAAUAACUUGUUUUAUGAUUUCGUGUUGUAAGUUCUGAAAAUAACUAGUCAGUGAAUGUUUUAUCUGCCUUGCAAUAACUUUAAAUUUAACUUAAACUGUGGGAGUUUUAUAAAACAAUUCAAACUUGAAUUGGCCACCAAAUUUGAUAGAGUGACAUUGAUACCUCUAGUUUGUGCCAUUCUUUUUCUUUUUUAAAUACCUUGGAUAUGAGGUGUCACUUGCUAGUGGUUCAUAUUUAAAAUGUUUUACUUACCCUCAAAAUACCCCAUUU